AUGGAAAACGCGGCACGUUGUGAUUCCAGGAAUUGGCGGCAUCAGCUUGCCAGCGAGUUGCGUACGGCGCAUGUGGGAGGCGCGGCAACAGCUGAAGGCGGUGCUGGCGCUGUGGCACUCUUUACAAACCCACUGAGGGUCUGGAAGGAAUAUUCCAGACCCCCAGUGGGUUGGGGCGCUAGGAUAUCCCAGCGAGUCGAGUAUGGAAUGGGAAGUUCUGGUACGAGCGAAAGAUACCCAACCGGAAUCGCUAUCCCGAACGUCCAGUUGGAGCUCGACCGAAGGAUUGGAACGAAGGGCGCCACGAUGGAGUCAGACAUGACGACGGCGACGCACAAGAAUGCCUGGAUCCAGUAA